AUGACACAGGCCCCGGAAAAAGAGCAAAAUAUCAUGGAAGUGGCUCAGGCACAAGAGGGGGAUGGCAAGGACAAAAAGGAGACUAAGAAAUUCAAUAACCUAAUACUCUAUCUAACAACAGUUCCAAGGUCCCUGGCAAAGUUUAAAAAGCUCGCAGGAGAGAAAAGGCUUGCUUCUUCAAGACCCCCAAAGAUAUCAGAUCCAAAAUACAUUGCUUCCCUGGAGGGGCCAUUCGGCUUAGGCUCUCUAGUUUUCCCUGCUUUUCAACGUUUCAACAAUAUUGACUUCUUCCUGUUUUUGUACUGUCUGAUGACCGCAGCACACGGUGCUUUAUUUGUCCUUGCUGGUCUGAGUUUGCAACGAAUGGCGGAAGCAUUUACUCUGACAGAGCUAGAGAUAAACAUAAUGGAUUUAACUGAUUAUUUUGCAUCUUUCUUGGUAGCAAUAGUGGUAGCAUUCUAUGGAGGCAGAGGGAACAGGUCAAAAUGGGUGGCAGUGUCUGCCUUUAUAUUAGGAAUUUCAUCAACUGUAUUUGCUCUUCCUUUCUACAAGUAUGAAAUUAUAAAACCACUGGAAGUAAGUGAAGAUCUGUGUACAGAAGUAUUAGUUGAGACAGAUUGUGGCGGAAUGACAUUACCACACCGAUCGAUAAGUAUCUAUCUCUUCAUCCUCGGCCAGUGUCUCCAUGGAAUGGCAGGGAUGCCUCUAUAUAUCCUUGGAUUGACCUUCAUUUACGAUCAUGUUCCCACAUUCUCAUCUGGUCUCUAUCUAGGCAAAUAUGAUGAACUUCACAAUCAGACAAUGUAUAAAGCAGAUGACCUUUAUUAUAAGAACAGGUCCCAUACAAGCAAUGUAAAGUCCCAACAGUGCAAACUGACAGUUCCUAAAGAAGCAGUUACUGUGGCUCAGGGUGCACACAAGCUAAUGAUUGAGAAAGAAAAGGAGCCUCACUCCUUUGACAAGAAACUUAAAGAUACGGAAUUUGGAUCUGGUUUGAAGGAUUUAUAUCAGGCUGCUAAGUGUCUGUUCUACAACCCGCUGCUGUUGUGCUGCUCAUUGUGCAAAACCAUGGAGUACGUGACUUUUAGGGGAACUAGUCAAUUUGUGCCCCUAUAUUUAGAAAAUCAGUUUUUGUUAACACCCUCAGUUGCCACUCAGUAUUCAGGACUGGUGAUACUUCCAGCAGGUAUAAUCGGCCGUUUUCUGGGAGGUAUAAUUGUUGACAGAUUGGAAUUGUCUUGUAAGAACAAAAUAAGAUUUACAGCAGUGACAACUUUUGUAGGAUUUUUGCUUUUUAUAUUAAUCCUUUUUGUAAAAUGUGAAACAGUGAAAUUUGCAGGAAUCAAUGAAGAUUAUGAUGGGACAGGUAUCCUUGGAAACCUCACAGCUCCAUGCAAUGAGGACUGUGAUUGCUCAAACACACUCUAUGCUUCUAUAUGUGGAAGAGAUGAUACAGAGUAUUUCUCUGCGUGCUAUGCAGGCUGCCAGGCUGUUAAACAUUUCCACAAUGAAAAGACUUAUUACAAUUGCUCUUGCAUUAACGAAGGAUUGACAAGUGAGGAUCCUGAGGGUCACUUUGUUGAUGCCACUUCUGGAAAAUGUAAUACCAAGUGUCACAAACUACCUUUGUUUUUUGCUUUUUACUUUUCUUCAUAUGUUUUUUCUAGUUUGCCUAGUAUACCUAUCACCAUGUCUGUUCUCCAAGUUGUACCUACUCAUUUAAAUUCGCUGGCCAUGGGAGUGACCUUUACAAUAUGGAGAUUCAUUGAAUCUGUCCCUGUACCACCGAUUAUUCAAACAGCAUCAACUGCAUCUUGCAUUUACUGGGGCAUUAAUCAAUGUGGAAUCAGAGGACAUUGCUGGAUCUACGAUAAGUCAAAAAUGAUUUACAUGAUGAUAGGAUUAUGUCUUGUUUUACAGUCAUCCUCAGUCUUCUUUAGUCUUCGUGCACUUUACAUAUUUGACAGAGUUGUGAAGGGAAGCCCUGAGAGUACGGUUGAGACUGUGAUGCCUUCUUGGCUUGGGUUCUGGGUGAGAGCAACAAGUGGGAGAAGGAAGUUAGAAGGUGAAGAUCUACGGGAUCUACAGGAGACAGAAGAAUGGGAUGGGAUGGGAGUAGGGAAAAUUGACAUAGGUUUCUCCUGCAGAUCUGGGGUGGAGACUGGAGGAUUGGAUCUGGGGGAAAAGGAUGCAUACUUUUGGCUUUUAAUAUGA